AUGCCAGAAAAUAAGAUGGAUAUCCAGCUCGAACGAGCAUCAUCAAUUGGAUCAAACAGUUCCACCACAGCUUCCACCACAACCACAACAACCAAUGUUGCCAAAAAGAGAGUGGUACCAGUCGACCCACUUGCCAUUACUGAAUCACUAGGAUUUCAAACAUUUCGUAAAGGACCGCGGAAGCCAUGGACAAAAGAAGAAGACACAACUCUUUCCCAACUAGUCACAACACGUUAUUCUCCCACCCCCAAUACCACAACCAAGACUACCAAAAUAGAUCCAGAUAUAGUAGACUGGGAAGAACUCGCCCUCAUAGUCUCCCCCGACGGGUCACGAAAGGGGAAAGAUUGUCGAAAAAGAUGGUGUAAUUCCCUAGACCCAACAUUGCGAAAAGGAAAAUGGACCCCGGGGGAAGAUGAUCUACUUCGACAAGCAUAUGACAAAUUUGGUCCGAGUUGGUUAAAAGUCGCCAACGAGAUCCCGGGUCGGACAGAUGAUCAAUGUGCCAAGAGAUAUAUCGAAGUAUUGGACCCCAAGACCAAGGAUCGGUUGAAGCCAUGGACCCCGGAGGAGGAAUUGAAAUUAGUCAUGCAGGUGAAAGUCCAUGGGACGAAAUGGAGGACGAUUUCGCAACAGUUUGAUGGAAGACCUUCUUUGACGUGUCGGAAUCGGUGGAGAAAGAUUGUGACUGAGGUGGUUAGAGGCAAGGCGGAUCCGAUAAUUAAGGCAACGGUGGAUGCGAUUGUGGAGGGUGGUGGUGGAGAUGCUGGGUUGUUGGAGAGUUUGGCAAAACAGCAAGAGGAGUUGACGAGGAGGAAAGAAGAGAAUGGGACGGGUUCUGGUGCUGGGAGUGGAUCUGAGAGUAAUAGGAAGCCGAAGAAGAUUGUGAAGAAGAUUCGAGAUGAUGGGGGGAGGAGUAAUGUUGUGGUGCCAGCACCAACGACAAUGACUGGUGCGACUAGUGAUCCUAGUAGUGGACGGAUGUUGGCACCUAGAGGAAGGUCGGCAAUUUCUCGUCCUGCAAAUAGUGAUGUUGAAUGGAGAUAUACGUUAACCCCCAAUGAUGACAAUGCCACUGGCAAUGAGUCGAACUUACCUCAUAGUAAGUUAUUCACUGAUGAGAAUGGUGGAUAUAUUAAGAAUCAAGAAUUAGUCCAACAAUUAAUCUCCUAUGCAAAGACCCAUAGUUUAGAAAUUACAGUUCAUCAACAUAUCCAUCAUCAUUAUUCUCCUCAACAAACCCUCCCACCACCCCAGCAACAACAGCAACAAACUUUUGACAACAGUCCAUAUCUGUACAAUAACAACAAUACAACUGGUGGCUACUCGGCUGAUGAAAGUAGGAGAAGUACAGGCAGCACCCCAUCGGGAUAUUAUCUAGAACCGGAAGAACAAAUUUCUCGAUAUCAACAUUUUAAUUAUUUACCUCCCUUAACCGAAGUUCCGAGAUUGCAUUCUUCACAAUCGAGAGAAAAUAGUUCGAAAGGUUCAACUCAUCAUCAUCAUCACCACCACCAUCAUCAUCAUCAUCCAACUGCUGGAGGAGCAGGAGGCGCUACGAGUGGAAAUCUAGGAACGGCUGCGACGAAGAAGAGUAGACAAAAUGAGCAUGGUGGUGAUACUAGAGAAUCUGAUUUAUUGAAGCUUUUGAAUAAUAAUGAACUUAGUCAACAACAACAGCAACAAGUGGUACAGCUGACGGAAUUCAAAAGAGAGACUACCCCGAUUUCAAACCCAUUGACUCCACUAACUCAAGCAGUAGAACUUGUGGCUGCAGUAGAAGAAGGUCGGAUUGGGAAUAAACGUAGACAACCACACACUGCGUCUGGUGAUCAUUCUUCCCAAAGCAAGAGAUCUAAGAAUAGUAGCAAUGAUAUUGAUAUUCCUAGUGAAGAUGAAGAAGGAUUGGAUUUUUGGGAAACAAUGAGAAAUCUUACCGAUAUGCAAACUUAUCAACCCCAUGCCAAUAAUAAUGCCAAUUCCAAUGUCAAUGGGAAUAGUGGGAUUAGAGGAGGUCAUUUUUCACAAAAACCAGUGAGUCAACAUCAUCCCUUACAUUAUUUUGGAAGUACCACUCCCCAACCCGGUACUCCUAACUAUAGUCAAGAAAGACAGACUCUUGCCGAUGAGCAAGUAGGAGAUGACGACAAUGAUGAUGACGAGGAGGAUGAAGAAGAUGACGAGGAAGAAGAGGAAGAAGUGGUGGCUAGAGAGGUAGCUGAUGUUGAUCAUGAGACGUUGAAUUCGUAUGGGUUGUAUUAUAAUGUGUAUACUCGUGAAGGAUCUACUUUUCCGGAUAGUAAUCAAGCGAAUCUGAAUAAUAAACAACAACCUGGAUCUAUUUAUGAUCAAUGGGGUGGUGGAUUUGGGAUUAUUCCAUUUAAUCCUUCUUAA